AUAAAUAAAUUUACCCCUCAGCUUCCUCAAUACGCUAAAACCCAGAGCUAUAGAAAUAGAAUUAGGGUUUUCAAAAUCCGCGCCAUAAUCGAAGCCCUUUUCACACACACUCGGCGAAUGGCUGACGAAGACGAGAGCUCGUCAACCCCGCGGCCCGAGAAGCCCAGUCCGAGCCCGCACUCGGCCCGAAAGUCUCCCUCCAUGCCUCGUCCCGGCUUCGGCGACAACGGCAGUAAUUCUCCGCUUUCAAAAAAUCCGAAGAGCUCUGAAGAGUUCAUAUCAUCGGCGGCGGCCAAAAUUGCCGCGCAGCCGCUUCAGUACGCCGAUCCCGAUGUUUGGGGAGUGCUCACUGCCAUAUCUGAGAAGGCGCGCAAGCGCAACCAGGGCAUGAAUAUGCUUCUUACUUCAAAUGAGCAUUGCAUCGGCCGACUAGUAGAUGAUGCACGUUUUCAGAUCAUUACACCAGCAGUUAGUGCUAUUCAUUGCAAGAUAUACCGGAAGAAGAUUGCUACUGGAGAUACAGAACAGCAGUCAGCAAGCUGUUCUGCCUUCUUGAAAGAUUCUAGCACAAAUGGGACAUAUUUAAACUGGGAGAAACUGAACAAAAAUAGCUUUGAAGCGAAGCUACGCCAUGGAGACAUUAUCUCAAUAGCAUUUGUUCCGCACCAUGAACUUGCUUUUGCAUUUGUAUAUCGUGAAAUCCAGAAAUCCUCCUGUGCGACUGAUGGUGGAUCUCUGAAGAGAAAGCCAGAGGAAUAUUGUGCCGAGAACAAGAGACUGAAAGGAAUUGGCAUAGGAGCUUCUGAUGGUCCACUCUCACUUGAUGAUUUUCGCAGCCUUCAAAGAUCAAAUAUGGAACUCAGGAAACAACUGGAAGAUCAAGUUGCAACAGUUGAAUCCUUACGCACCGAAAGUCGUGCAGCUACUGAGAAGCAUGAUACCGAAGUGAAGGAGCUGAAAGAAUCUGUAUCAAAAUCUUUUCAAGAUCAGCUCAGUCAGUUAAACCAGUUUUUGGAGUCUAAAGACAAAGAACUAGCUGAGCUAAGUCGAAUAUCUGCUGAGCAAAAACAUGGAAUUGAGGACCUUAAUGAAAGACUUAGUGCAUCUAUGCAGUCAUGCACCGAGGCCAAUGAAAUAAUUACAAGCCAGAAGGCUUCUAUAUCAGAACUGAAAGCACUACUAGAUGAAGAGCGUGACCAGAGAAGAGAAGAGCGAGAGAAAGCUUCGGCAGAUAUGAGAAUGGCAAUACAAAGAAUACAGGCUGAGGCCACGGAGGAACUAAAACGAGUAUCGGAAACUGCUAUGAGACGAGAGAAGGAGCAAGAAGAAAUUAUAAAUAAGCUUCAGGAGAAGGAGAAGGAAAGAUGUACAUUGGUGGAAACCUUGAGGUCCAAAUUGGAAGAUGCACGGCAAAAGUUGGUCAACUCCGAUAACAAAGUGCGUCAAUUGGAGGGUCAAAUCCACCAGGAGCAGCAAGCAUCUGCCAGCACUACUAAGAGGGUUGAAGAAUUGGAAUAUGAAGGAAAAAGACUGAGGAAAGAACUUGAGCGUGAGAAGCAGGCGGCUCGUGAGGAAGCAUGGUCAAAGGUGUCUGCUCUUGAACUUGAGAUCAGUGCUGCAAUGCGGGAUCUUGAUUUUGAAAGGCGUAGGCUAAAAGGGGCUAGGGAAAGAAUUAUGCUCCGUGAAACACAGCUACGUGCUUUCUAUUCAACAACAGAGGAGAUAUCAGUGUUGCUUGUGAAGCAGCAAGAACAGCUUAAAGCAAUGCAGAGAACCCUAGAAGAUGAAGAGAACUAUGAGACGACAUCAAAUGACAUUGAUCUCAAUCAUGUCGAUGGCAAUGAAACUCGAUCUGUAGUGAGGGACAAGGAAGAGGUUCAUCAAGGCAACAGCAGAGCUAAAACAGGACCUGGUGCUUCCGAUGUCCUUGGCACAGAUCAAGUUGUGUCUUCGAGUGACGAAGCAAGUGUAACAGAGAAGCACGACUGCAAUGCCAAAAGCCAAGAUCAUGGCGAAGAAACACAGGAGGUAGAAUUCACCGGUGCUGAAUGUGAGGAUGCUAAGGGUGGGUUUGGCUCCGACAUCAAUGGUAUUGGCACGGCACCCCUUUCUUAUGGAGAUGUCAUUGGAACCGAGCAAAUACCCGACACUGAAGGUGUUGGCACACCCCAAAUCUUGGAAGGUGGCGCUGUUGAAACCGAGCAAGUGCUGGAGACGGAAAGCCUGGAACAUCAGAGUGGCAAGAACAUCGAUCUGAAUAAAUGCAGCACGCCAGAUGGGGAUACAAUGCAGGUUGAUGAUGGCGCCAACGAGCAAGAAACACCUGAACACGCCCAAAAGAUUUCCCAGUCACAAAGUCGCCAUGAGUGUCAGGAUCCAAUGGAAGACACAGAAGGCGGAGGGACUAUCAAGACGGCAGACCUCUUGGCUUCUGAAGUUGCUGGGAGCUGGGCAUGCAGCACAGCUCCUUCGGUCCAAGGAGAGAACGACUCACCAGCAACUGGGACCAAAGACGGAAAUGAAUGUGCUGCACCUGCACAUGAUUCUAGCAGUGUCGUAGCAGAAAGCCAACACAUCCCUUCCACCAAGUCAGAAGCUGCUGCCAGACGAAACCAUGAGCGUCGGGCACUUAGUGAGAUGAUCGGCAUUGUGGCGCCUGAUCUGAGAGAGCAGUUUAGUCGCGCCGUUGAAAGUGAUGAUCGAGUGGGAUAUGAAAGAGGCGUAGCUUCUAAUUCUGACACCGAAGACUGCAGCGAUAACGAUGACGACAUCAAAGAUGCCGAUCGAGAAGCAUCGGAUGCUGAAACAGUUGGUAGCGACGGAGCAGCCACUGACGUUGAAAUGGAGAGAGAUGAUGACACCCAAGAUGACUCUGUUGGAUAGAGUAGUAGCGAAUGCACAACACAGUUCAAUUAUUUGUUUAUUGAUUUUAUUUAUUUAUCUGCUUGUUGUGCAUAAUGUUAUUGGUCACGAGCUGUAUAUAAGUGUUUUUCCUUCUCCGAUUACUCA